AUGCAACCAAAUCCAGAACUCAUCCGAACCAUAGCCAACCGCUACGCCGCGAAUCUCACCCUCUGCUUCCCUCUCCGACGAACCUCACUCCAGCUCGCACGUGCCAUCCACGCCAACAUCAUCACUUUCGGGUUCCAGCCACGUGCGCACAUCCUCAACCGUCUGAUCGAUGUCUACUGCAAAUCUUCCGAGCUCCGUUACGCACGCCACCUGUUCGACGAAAUUCCCCAACCGGAUAAAAUCGCCAGAACCACCAUAAUCUCCGGUUAUUCCGCCUCCGGUGACAUCACCCUCGCUCGUGAUGUUUUCGAGGAGACUCCUUUAAGUAUGCGAGACACUGUGAUGUACAACGCGAUGAUCACCGGCCUCACGCACAGCCACGACGGGUACUCUGCUGUGAACAUGUUUCGUGAGAUGAAGCGCGAAGGGUUCAGACCAGAUAACUUCACCUACGCGAGUGUGCUUGCUGGUUUGGCUCUCGUUGUUGAAGAGGAGAAAGAGUGUGUGCAGUUUCAUGGUGCAGCGUUGAAGUCUGGAGCUGGGAGUAUCACUUCAGUUAUGAACGCUUUGGUCUCUGUUUAUUCAAAGUGUGUUCCUUUACACUCAGCGAGGAAAGUGUUUGAUGAGAUCAGUGAGAAAGAUGAGAGGUCGUGGACGAGUAUGAUGACUGGUUAUGUGAAGAAUGGUUGUUUUGAUUUAGGGUUAGAGUUGCUUGAAGGGAUGGAUGAGGGGAUGAAGCUUGUUGCGUAUAACGCUUUGAUCUCUGGUUAUGUUCAUAGAGGGUUUUAUCAAGAGGCGUUGGAGAUGGUUAGAAGGAUGGUUGGAGAUGGGAUUGAGCUUGAUGCGUUUACGUAUCCUAGCGUUUUAAGAGCGUGUGCUACUUCUGGAUUGAUUCAGGUAGGGAAGCAGGUUCACGGUUAUGCGUUGAGAAGGCAGGAUUUCUCGUUUCAUCUUGACAACUCUUUGGUUUCGUUGUACUAUAAAUGUGGUAAGUUUGGUGAGGCGAGGGCUAUUUUUGAUAAAAUGCCGGCGAAGGACUUGGUUUCUUGGAACGCUUUGUUGUCUGGUUAUGUUAGCUCUGGGCACAUAGGUGAGGCGAAGAUGCUUUUCAAGGAGAUGGAAGAGAAGAAUAUCUUGACGUGGAUGAUAAUGAUUUCGGGUUUAGCGGAUAACGGGUUUGGAGAAGAAGGUUUGAGGUUGUUUUCUUGUAUGAGGAAAGAAGGUUUCGAGCCUUGUGAUUACGCCUUCUCCGGGGUGAUUAAGUCAUGUGCUGUUCUUGGAGCUUAUUGCAACGGGCAGCAGUUCCAUGCUCAGUUGGUUAAAAUAGGGUUUGACUCGAGCCUCUCUGCUGGAAACGCUCUUAUUACAAUGUAUGCUAAAUGCGGGGUUGUGGAGGAGGCGAGGCGGGUGUUUAUGACUAUGCCGUGUCAGGACUCUGUUUCUUGGAAUGCUUUGAUUGCUGCAUUGGGACAGCAUGGGCAUGGUGCUGAAGCGGUGGAGGUGUAUGAGGAGAUGUUGAAGGAAGGGAUUAAACCUGAUAGGAUCACGUUUCUUACGGUUUUGACAGCGUGUAGCCAUGCCGGUUUAGUGGACCAGGGAAGGAAGUAUUUUGAUUCGAUGGAGACUGUUUACUGUAUACCUCCAGGUGCAGAUCAUUACUCAAGGCUGAUAGAUUUGCUUUGUCGCUCUGGGAGAUUCUCUGAAGCAGAAAGUGUAAUAAACUCGUUACCUUUUGAGCCUAGUGCACAGAUAUGGGAAGCUCUUCUUUCGGGUUGUAGAGUGUAUGGAAACAUGGAGCUAGGGAUUGUAGCUGCAGAGAAACUCUUUGAACUCAUACCAGAACAUGAUGGGACCUAUAUGCUCUUAUCGAACAUGUACGCAGCUACGGGCAAGUGGGAGGAAGCGGCAAGGGUACGUAAACUAAUGCGGGACCGAGGAGUCAAGAAAGAACUGGCUUGUAGUUGGAUUGAGGUGGAGACACAAGUGCACAGAUUCCUGGUGGAUGAUACCUCACAUCCAGAGGCAGAAGCUGUUUAUAAGUAUCUUCAGGAGUUGGGAAAAGAGAUGAGGAGAUUAGGGUACGUACCAGACACGAACUUUGUGUUGCACGACGUGGAGUCUGAUGGUCACAAGCAAGAUAUGUUGAUUACACAUAGUGAGAAGAUAGCGGUUGCGUUUGGGUUGAUGAAACUUCCUCCGGGAAGAGUUAUUAGGGUGUUUAAGAACUUGAGGACUUGUGGUGAUUGUCAUAACUUCUUUAUGUACUUGUCGCGUGUGGUGCAGCGUGACAUUAUCUUGAGAGACAGAAAGAGGUUUCAUCAUUUCCGAAAUGGUGAGUGCUCUUGUGGUAACUUCUGGUAGGCAAGGGCUUGCUUUUGUUAUUAAACUCAUUUAUACUUCAUUCUUAGAUUUUUUUAGUUCUUCAUUAUUACACUUGAGGAACUUUCUUCUAUAUAGCUACGUUUUAAAAAUCUGAAGAGAAUUAAGAAGAGUUUUGUUGCUGUAAGCCUCUAGACAACUCCAUCUUUGUUGAGUUCUUCAAAGAUAAGUCUCCAUCUGGUACAGUUUACCUUUCUUGGACAUUAGGACUAGUUGGUUUAUUAAAACACCAUAACUGGUUUAUCUAUUU